AUGUUGCGCGUCAUAGUGGAGCGGGAUAUCCCCAUGUCGGUGACACUGCCCAUCGAGGUGCAGCCCGACCCGGCAAACCAACCCUUCCCUUUCCUGGACACCACACUUGCUGAUCUGGGCAUCAAAGAUAUAUUCAGGUCAGAGGUGAAGGAGAGGGUUGUUUGGGUUGACACCAAGAAGACCCAGGUGAAGAACAAAGCAGGGAAGCUGAAGGAGAAAGAGAUCACUAUCCUAGAGGUACGAGUGAAAGCCCAGAAACCAGGAGACAAACAGCUCCAGGAGGUCCUGUACAGCACCGAGGCCCACACUGACCGCUCCUUCUGCCGCACUGGAAUGGAUAUCCUGCCCUGGAAACAGACGUGCGGAGGGGAAAAUGGACUGACACCCGUGCAGAUGACUAUGGCGCUGGACACUGAAAACAAGCUGCCGGGCUUUACUCAGGCUCAGGGACAACGGGAGAUCUGAGGAGCAACACAAUGAGUACAACUAAAAAUGAAC